GUGAGGAGCCGCUCUGUGCGCUCACUGGCUGCUCAGCUCAGUGAGGAGAGCCCGUUCAGAGGUCGGACCGCCGGGACCGAUCACCGGUCAGUGGGCGACUGGAGAGCUCAGCGUGCGGAUACAGAGCUGAACCUAAAACCUAGACCUGGAAACAGCAGCGGGAGAGAAGUCGGAGGAGCAGGCUGAACGCUCGAAUCUGAGACCAUGGAAUGCAUUGAAAGAACUCCGACGCAGUGAAAGUUUGCACCUCGGACAUGGAGACACAAACGAAAGAUCAACUAAUCACAGUAAUCGCCAUCAUUCUCGCCUGAGGGUUCGAGGUGCAGCAGAGGAUGACACCUGCACCCCGCCUGGCGAGGACCGACGCGUUGUUCCGCACUUCCACGUCUCUUUGAAGAAGAGUCCAAAUCUUCUGCAAGAGGGACUUUUUUUUUUUUGUUGCCUCUAAUUCUGCAAAACAGAUCGCCAUCCUGCUCGCAGCCACCUCUGGGUAUAUCGGCUGUGGCGCGUUUCUUUUGCGCUCCUUUAUAUCUUUAUAUCUUUGCACCACUGUGGACUGCGGCAAAAAGAAAAACAAGAAUCAUCUCGUACCCGGACAUCUCUUACGCACAGGCCUCGUUGACAUGUCUGCACUCAUCUCUUCUUCGUGCCGUUUCCCCGUCGAGAGUUCACAUCUGCUGGAUAUUAAGAAAUAAAAACAGAGCUUUGCUUCAACGGCAUCCCUUCUCCCACGCAGCAGCAGUAAAGCAGCAUAAUCUGCGGAGCUCCGUCUCACCAUGGGCACUGUACUGUCGCUGUCCCCCACCUCUCGGAAGUCGGGCUACUAUGACAACCGGCCGGGCUCGCUCAGCCACUACCCGAGCAUCAGCAGCCGUUCCCUCAACAGCCAGAAGGACCGCGGGCUGAAGAGGGGCCAGUCCAUCUUCCUCCCGGGGCUCACGUGGAAGCGGCUGGUGGCCUCCACGAAGAAGAAGGGCAACUCCAAGAAAGGCGGUCCUGUUGGCCUCGGGGACCCUCUCAACAACAACAACAACAUCAACAUCUACCAGAAGGACCCCCUGUUGCACCUCAACCACGAGAAUGUGAAGAAGUCGCUGUCAUGCGCCAACCUGUCCAGCUACGAGGGCCCAGCGGGACUGGGACUGGGACUGGGCCUGGGGCUGGGCUACAGCCUGGGCAUGGGCCAGGGCCACGGAUGCGGCUACGGCAAGCCCCAACAGCUCUCCUCUGUGAAAAAGGUCCCCCAGGGGACAUUGACCUCGUCGUCCCCAAAGCGCGUAAUCGUCCAGGCCUCCACCAGCGAGCUCCUGCGCUGCCUGGGGGAGUUCCUGUGCUGCCGCUGCUACCGCCUGAAGCACCUGUCCCCCGCCGACCCGGUGCUGUGGCUGCGGGCCGUGGACCGCUCGCUGCUGCUGCAGGGCUGGCAGGACCAGGCCUUCGUCACGCCGGCCAACGUGGUCUUCGUCUACAUGCUGUGCCGCGAUGUCGUGGACGGCGACCUGGUGGCGUCGGAGCACGAGCUGCAGGCCAUCCUGCUCACCUGCCUCUACCUGUCCUACUCCUACAUGGGCAACGAGAUCUCGUACCCGCUCAAGCCCUUCCUGGUCGAGGCGGGCAAGGAGGCCUUCUGGGAUCGCUGCCUCGCCAUCAUCGACGCCACCAGCGCCAAGAUGCUGCGCAUCAACGCGGACCCGCACUUUUUCACGCAAAUAUUUGCCGAACUGAAGAGCGAGGGCGGCUGCGGCCCUCAGGACUACAGUCGGGUGCUGGAUCGGUGAGAGGAAGUUUGGCUGACCGCAUGCCUUUUCGUACCCUCAUGUACACGAAUACUCAUACAGAUUCCUGUCCCUGUUGUCCUCCUUCUGCUGCCCUGCAGGAGCAAUGAAGGCGUAUUUUGACGGAGUUAUGUAGACAUAUUCAAUCAUUCCAUCUGUGUUCAUUGCCAUUGUCCCGUCCAUCCAGAUAGAAAUAAAG